GAAGUUGUCAGACGUGAAGCUCCUCCACGCCUGUGAUUCGACGAUCAUAGAAUGGGCGGGGCUUGUGUCGGAGUUCCUGCAGCAGGACUCGUCUCAGCCGGUUCUGGACGGACUGAAGCCGCUUCCCUCAGAGGAGUUCCACUUCUGGAAGAACCGACUGAAGAACCUGCACUUCAUCCAGCGGCAGUUGAUGAGCAGCAGAGCUCAGCAGGUGGCGUCCGUCGUUGAGCAGGCGGAGAGCGUCUACUGGUCCACUCUGAGAGACAUUUACAGAGACGUGCAGGAAGGUCUGAAGGAGGCUGAAGAUGUGACUCUGAAUCUGACUCCCCUGCAGGAGAAGCUGGAGGAGGUGGAGCAGAUGGAGUACCAGCAGCUGGGAGACAACAUGGCGGCUGUGAUGGAGGAGGUGCGUCUGCUGUGGAUCAGGUCUGAGUUCUACUGUAAACCCUGCAGGAUAGUGGUCCUGCUGCAGGAGGUCUGCAACCUCUUUAUACAAACGAGCAGGAAGUUCCUGCGUGGAGAGGAAGUGAUGCGUGGUCUGGUGUCAGACCCUGGUCCGGUCCUGGAUGAUGUCAGACUGGUGAUCUGGACCCUGCAGGCCCUGAAGGAGGCCUACAGUCAGUGCAGGACCCAGCUGGAGAACCAGCAGCAGGAUGGAGUCGCACAGAGCUGGGACUUUCCUUCACACCUGGUCGUCUUCCACCUGGACGCCUUCCUGAAACGUCUGCAGAACAUCCAGGAGGUGCUCUGUGUCAGUCUGCAGCUGGACCAGCUGGAUCAGACGGUCCUGACCGGUGUCAGCGGCAGGAUGUGGACUGAUGUGGUUCAGGGCGUGUAUCAGGACUUCGUGUGUCACGUGACAGCUCUGUCUGACUGUAACUGUGACCCCGUGGACCCCGAUGACCAGAGCUUUGAGCUGCACCUGGAUCAGUUUCAUGUUCAGAUAGCAGACCUGGAGAGGCGGCUGGUGUCGGUCCUCAGCAGAGCCUUCGGGGACUGCAGCUCCCCCUCCUCUGCCGCCAAGCUGGUGGAGAUGUUCGGGUUCGUCCUGGACCGUCCUCUGAUCCAAGAUCAGCUGCGUCCUCACCUGAUCCGGCUGGUGGAGAUGGUCUUGGUGGAGCUGGAUCAGACCGAGCUGCUGUUCUACAGUCAGAGAGAGAAAUCAGCAACAUUCAGCAAGUUCAGCCCGACUGCUGCAUCUGGACUCUGCUGGACUCAGCAGCUCAGACUGAGAGCUGAGGACACCCUGAGCCACUACAGGACCGUAGAAUCCCUGUACCUGGACUCGGGGGAGUCCCAGCUGGUUCUGCAGAGGUUCCAGCAGAUUGUGGAUCUCCUGCAGGAUUUCAGAGAGCGAGUGAGGUCAGACUGGAGCCGUCAGCUGGACUCAGACUGUGCGUUCAUCCUGGAGCAACCUCUAAUACAACACGACCAGCAAGGCAUGCUGGGAGUUACCUUCAGCCACAAGCUGGAGGCGGCGCUGAGGGAGCUCAGGUGUGUGAGCAGGGAGACAGACGUGAAGCUCCGCCCCUUCGCUGCUGGACUCUUCACCUGCAGAGAUGACAUCACACAGACCUACCUGAGCCUGAGUCAUAUGGUGUCCUGCUACAACCAGGUACUGAGGGACGUCCUGCAAGUGGAGCUUCCUCUGAUCCAGGACCAGCUGCAGGACCUGAACCGCACCCUGUCAGAACUACAGAGGAACACCUGGAGCUGCGAAGGUGUGCAGCACCUGGUGGACCAGCAGAGACAGAGAGUGCUGCUCUUCCACUGCACAGUGAGCGAGGCCCGAGCCAACAUGGACGCCAUGACUCACAUCGUUCAGGGCUGGGCGGAGCUUCACCUGCUGCAGCGCUCAGGUGAGUCGCUGCUGGAGGACGGCGCUACAGAGCAGAGCUACAGGGUCCUCAGAGAGGAGGGACAGCAGCUGCUCAGGUUAACACAGGUGAACCGGAGUCUGUACAGAGCUGAAGACUCCUCUCAGUCCUGGAUCAAGUAUCUAGACUACAUCGAUGACAAAGUCCAGGACGGACUGUUCCAGCUGCUGCUCAGAUCUCUGCACUUCCUGUCUGACAACAUGAACCCACAGAGCUGCAGGGCUGCGUUGUUGGCGGUCCGUCUGGAGCUGCAGGAAACAGGAAGUGUGUUUGAGCCGUCAGUGAGCGGCGGCCUCUCUGACCUCCUGAAGACCAUCAUCACUGACGUUUACACGGCGGCCAGUCUGCCGCCCAGGAUCUCUGUGAGUCGUCAGGGCAACUAUCAGGUCUCUCUGCAGCAGAGUCCCAAGCUCUCUGCGUUGGAACAGGAAGUGAUGCGUCGCCUGCUGCAGGUGAGGGAGGAGGCGGAGCGUCUGAGGGCGGGGCUGAACAGGUACUCAUACCUGUGGCAAAGCAACAGGAGGCGGGUCAUGCAGGAGUUCCUGACCUACAGCAGGCAGCUGGGACCCGAGGAGCUGGAGGCCGAGAAGACUCCGCCCACCCUGAAGGACUUCCAGAGAGAGAUUGAGUCGCUCCAGAGAGUGAGCAGAGAGGUGGCUCACCUGGAUGAUGUCAUCGUUCUGCACAACUGGCUGCAGGUCGACCUCCGUCCCUUCAGAGACUCCCUGCUGUCACUCAUCUACGACUGGAGACACGUGUACACAGAGUACCUGCUGGGCUCAGUCAGGAACAGUCUGCAGCAGCUGACCCAGCGUGGUGGCGGUGAAGAGUCCAGGUUCCCCCUGACAGAGACCAUCAUCCUGCUGGAGGCCGCCGGAGUCGAGCUGCCUGAACACCUGGCAGCACAGCUACAGUGCUGACGGGCUGCAGAGGACGCGGCGGCUCAGACGGGAGACGUUCAUCGGUUCACAGGUUGAUUUAGAGCUCACAGUGUUCAGACGUGAUGAUUAAAGAUGAUUUCAUAGAGAAGCUGCAGCCCCGUCAUUAAAACCAGACUUCAGCAUAGAGGAACACGCUCGUCUGUCAGAGCAGCUGGAUCAUCACUGAACAUGAUCUCUGGAUAAGACAGGCAACCCCGAGGAUGUGGAGAGCGCCGUCCAUAAACACUGUUCAAAACAGGAAAUGAACGACACGAGCGGCUGAAUGUAUUUCUACCACCAAGAAGCUGUGAUUCAUUUAGACUUUCCUGCUCAGACAGACACACGGGUCCGGUUUACAGCCUGGCGCUGGUCCGACCCGCUUCAGAAACCAGAACGU